AUGGAUUUAACUGAGGACUUGACGAGUCGGGUGUCGGGCACGUGGUCACAGCCGGUCACAUCGCUCGGCAGAAGUAAUGCUUUUGUCAGGUCAAAAGCCAGCAGAUGUUCUUUAUCGCCUUUGACUGAGGCAUUGGCCGAGAUCUCCUUACCCCGGUGCUUCAACUGUGGCUACCAUGGGGGGGUUGGCUUGGAUCCCUUCGCCGGUUGCUCGAUGCUCAACUCGGCUACAAGCUCAGUUGUUAGUAUCCCUGCUGCCACUUCUACGGCAAAUAAUGAGACAGAUAGAGUUGCAUUGCUCGCCUUCAAGGCUGCAAUUGUUGAAGACCCAUUUGGUGCCCUCUCUUCCUGGAAUCAUUUACUCCACUACUGCCACUGGAACGGCAUUUUGUGUAGUCGUCUACAUCCAGAUAGAGUUAUUGGGCUAACUCUAAUGUUCCAAGGCCUAGUUGGAUCGCUCUCACCUCAUAUGGGAAACCUCUCCUUCCUCAAAAGUAUUGUUCUUCAAAACAAUAGCUUCCACGGCCCAAUCCCACAAGAGAUGGGUCGCUUGUUUCGGCUACAAAGAUUAGAAUUCAGCAACAAUUCGUUUGGCGGUGGAAUACCCAACAACCUUUCUCGCUGCUCAAAACUUGAAUGGCUGAACUUGGUCGGCAACAACCUAACCGGAAUCAUCCCAGCCGAGUUGGGCUCUUUGUCAAGGCUUGGGACUUUAGCCUUGAGUAAAAACAAGCUUUCAGGAACCAUCCCUCCUUUCAUUGGAAACCUCUCAUUUCUUUCCAUUCUCUCUUUAUCGGAAUGUUCCAUCUGGCCUUUACAAAAUAUCUCCACCAUCAUUUUGUUAUCAGUAAGUGUUAACCUACUUGAAGGAAAUAUUCCUCCUGAUAUAGGCUCCACACUUCCUAAUCUCAAGUUUCUUUAUUUUUUGCAAAAUUUGUUUACUGGAACACUUCCUACUUCACUGUCAAACGCUUCAGAACUUGAAGAUAUAUUCUUCCCUGCAAAUGAUUUCAGCGGGACAAUGCCGAGAGAUCUUGGAAAACUUCUGGGUCUUCGACGGAUAGGUGUUUUCCAAAAUCGGUUGCAGGAUGACCUCACUUUUAUUUCAUCUCUAACAAAUUGCACCAGUUUACAAUCCAUUGGUGCGGGUUACAAUCUUUUUAGAGGUUCGUUGCCUGACUCCAUAGCUAAUCUCUCCACAUAUCUUAUCUGGAUAGAUUUGAGGUUUAAUCAAAUACAUGGAAGCAUUCCUUCAGGCAUCGGGAACCUCCUCAACCUCAGUGUCUUAUCUGUGGCAGUGAACAAUCUUGUUGGCCCUAUUCCGUCCUCCAUUGGCAGACUUCAUAAGCUGCAAGUUCUGAUGUUAGACCAGAACAAAUUCACAGAACUUCCAUCUUCAAUUGGUAAUUUGACUUCGUUGAUUACUCUCAACUUGGGAGAAAACAACAUCCAUGGAAGCAUACCUCCGACUUUGGGCAAUUGUCAUAGGUUGUUGGAAUUAGGCCUUUAUAAAAAUAAUUUCAAUGGUUCAAUACCCCACUACAAGAAUUAA